UGUGCCGACAAGGUCAUCAACCAUUGUGUACUGCCUGACUGAAAAAUCCUCCGAGUAAUAGGUACUCCUAUCGCUAUUACUGCUGGUUCUGCGCCUCGUCCCUGGCUGGCAAUCCCCAAGUAGGGCGUCGACGCUCAGCUACAUUAUAGAAAUUCUCUCUAUAAUACCGAUUCGUCUCAUCAUCACACGAACCAGAUAAAUCAUAACCCUCAUCUGCGGUAAAGGUGGCCGGCAUCACUGCUGAACGGAUUCGUGCAACGCAUCAUUUCCCACCCAGCCCGUUUCGCGGUAAUCUCAUCGCUGUGGCUGUAAUCUUUUCGCAUCGCAGCUCGUGAUCUCUUGUGGCAUACUGCUCAACCCAAAUCGACAUGCCUGCCGCCUCACGUCUACGCAGCGCCUUCCGCUAUCCAAGCGACGAAGAUGGCUCCGACGAGCCUGCCGAACUCGACGAAGAGCACCAAGAGCGCUUGAUCGAGACUCUUGCUCGAGAGGACGCGGCAAAGAACGAGCUCUACCGGCGCCUCUUCCUCGCAAUUCCUGCACUAGGCGCCUUAUUCUUCCUCUACACGUUCGCCUUCGCGGCGGCGACAGCUCGCGAGCGAUUAUUCGCCGUCCUUGCCCUCACCAGCCUGGUCGGCACGGCAUACAUCCUCCAUUUCAUGCCGAUACGGCGCGAAGGCAAAGGCAAGCGACCCAUGUACAAAGUGGAAGCUGAUAAAGGGCCGAUUGAGAAAUACAUGAUCGCGUUUCAGAGCGUGCUGGUGGUGUUGCUGCAGCUGAUUGCAGCGGUGAGCUGGUGGAAAGGUGCACAUCAGAAUGCAUAUCGAGAGUCGCUCCCGCUCGUCAUAUUCGCGUUGACCAUGUUUGCUCGGCAGCAGCUGGCACCGCUUAACAUGGAAGAAUUGCACAAGGCUCGAUAUGAGUUCAAAGGAGCAUGAGUGAUGAGUAUGCCAAUUCAUUGAACUUUGUGCGGAAGCCUGUCGAGGGAGAAGAAAUGCUCGCAGAGACGCAGGUAUCGCGCCACAGACGCCAUGCGCCUUCGAUGCAGCAUACGUGCCUCAAGCGUACACUUAACCCAAGUCUAACGCCGAUGCUGAGGCUGGUACCAGAAGUAUUCGGCACAAAUGUUCACCCAUUGAUCCCUAGUCCGGGAAUAUCAUCGACAUCAACAACAACCUCGACUACUCCGCAGCCCACGUCGAAAGAGCCACGCAGUCGAGUUGACCAGCGGAGAUAUACGGUUGCCGCAUACAUAUGCG